AUGGAGGUGAUCUGGUUCCAGCGGCGCUUCACCCCAGCGGUGACUGCGUCGAUGGUCACGGUGGUGAUCGGCGUCGCCAUUGUCACCGUGACCGACGUGUCGGUCAACACCCUCGGCCUCGUCAUCGCGGGCAUCAGCGUCGUCUCGAGCGGCAUGCAGCAGCUGCUCUGCGGCACCAUCCAGCGCAAGCACAAGCUGCAGUCCUACCAGCUGCUCGCCAACACGGCGCCGGUGCAGGGCGCGAUCCUCAUCGUGCUGGGGCCCCCCAUCGACUACCUCAUCACGGGCUCCAACGUGGCAAAGUACGAGUGGACGGUCCCCGCUACUGUGAUCCUGGCGGCCUCGUGCUCCGUGGCCAUCCUCGUGAACAUCAGCCAGUUCAUGUGCCUCGGGCGCUUCUCGGCGGUGACCUUCCAGGUGCUGGGCCACACCAAGACGAUCCUGGUGCUGCUGAUAUCGUGGCUGGUGCUCAAGGAGCCGAUGUCGGGCCGCAAGAUGUUUGGCAUGGCGCUGGCGGUGGUGGGCAUGAUCAUGUACGGCCACUUCAACGGGAAGGCCGCGGCCGCGACCGCGGUCAAGUCGGCCGAGUCGCUGCCGCUGCUGAACAAGCAGCGCGUCACCAGCGACGGCGAGGCCAAGGCGGGCAAAGCGGGCGACGAGCAGGCGCAGGGGGUCGAUGCCUUGCGCGUGCGCGUGGGCGGCAACGUGCCGCGCUGA